CGAUUAGACAGAGCAAAGCCGAUCCCAUUCGCAUCUUCGCACGAGAGGUGCCUUCCUACCUUCUCAGCCGGGAGCCACUUACCUCUUCUCCACUCCAUCUUCCCAACGAACAACUACACAGACAACCUCAAAGAUGACUUCGGAAUCGCGGACAGUGUUUCCGUGCAACACAUGCUCUCUUUCUUUCACUAGUAGCGCGCUACAGCGUACACACAUGCGACAGCCUUGGCACAUCUACAAUCUCAAAAGGCGAAUAUCACAUCUUCCUGUUCUAACCGAGAAAGAUUUCGGAACGCUUGAAAGCAAGGCUGAGGAAGUCACGCAGCGACAAAGAAACAAUGACGACGCUCUGAUACGGAAAACUCGAACACGUGUCGCGCACAACAUCAGCGGACGCGAUAGCAACUCCAAAUCACCGACAGGAGAUGCAAAUGACGACCACUCUAAGACUUUGUCGUCGACAAGAUGUCUCUUCUGCCCCUCCGCCUUUCUCACCCCGGCCGCAAACUUAGGUCACAUGUCCACACAACACAGCCUCUUCAUACCCGCGCCUUCGCAACUCUACUCUCUAGAGUCUUUUCUCUCGUAUCUAGCCGUUCUGAUUUUCGAAUAUCACGAAUGUCUCUAUUGUGGACAAAAGAAGGGGAGUGUGGAUGCUGUGCAGACGCAUAUGAGGGAUAAGGGGCAUUGUAUGAUUGACAUGUCGGAGUUAAGAGGGUUUUGGGAUGUGGAGGUGGAGGAGGGAGACAGCGAGGAUUGGAAGUACAAGAUGAAGGCCGAGACGCAUCUACCAUCUGGAUUGGUCGUCAACCCCUGGCGAAGCAAUAGCGGAGAUGAGACGACAUCAAGAGCUGCCAACCCAAGCUUUGCAUGCGCAGGUCGUGCCAGUCGAAGAUACCGCAGUCUAAGAUCUGCCAACACUACUGCCGAUUCCUCGCCAGCCCAACAGCCUCCAACUCCGCAUCUACGACCCAGCCAUACAGCUCUCCAUCACGCGAGCAAUGAUCCUCACCGUAGCCUCUCCACCAUAUCGCGACCAGAAAGAGGUCUAGUCGGUGUCUCCGAUCAACAAAUUCGCACUCUUCAGGUACUGGAUAAGAAGAUGAAGAGUAGAGAGGAGAUUGCGAAAGCCAGAGUACGGUAUGCGUCUCAACAGCAGCCAGUCAAGACCGUGUAUUAUAAGACAGAGAAUCCUGUCUAUCAGGCGGGAUGAUAAGACGGAAAACAUGUACUACAGAUAUGAUAGUUCUGCAUGCAACUACUUGAGG